AUGUAUUUAGAAAAACAUGCUAAAGCAUUAAUAGAUUACUAAUAUAGCUCAGAUGAUGAUCAUGAUAGUAUAGAUUAAAAAAAGUAAGCUAUGAAAUAUCAAAAUGAUUUUAAUUAAACAGAUGAAUAUGUUCGAAGAUUGAAAAAAGAGAACCUAAAUAAUGUAUUUUAAGAUGUGAUUAUAGAAAUAAACAAUAACUAUAUUAUUAGCAGAUUUAGAAGUUCAUUAAAAAAGAAUUGUUUAACUAGAAUAAGAACUGUUUAAUUAAAGAAAAUUAGCAUAAGAUUCACAAGAUUAAUUAAAGAGAGUUAAAAUAAAGAAAUAAGAAGAUAGAAUGUUGAAAGAGUAGAAAAAAUUUUAAGAGAAAUUUGCUUUGUAGACAAAUGAUGCUCUUGAAAAAUUAAGAUAACAUUUUGAUUAGACAUUAUAAUAACUUACACCAAAACCUGAUAAGAGAUGA